AUGGAUGUCGAAAGAACUCAGUCAUCCCAGAAGGUUAUUAAGGGGACGAAGCAACUUCUUAGCAUGUUACCGACAAUCAAAUUGUUAGUUAUGAACAAUCAAAUUUUCAAACUAAAACCAGAUGCGAAAACACCAAAGACGGAAAAGAAAGCCACUGCUAAAGGCCCUAAUAAAGGUGGCGUAGAGAAACGAAGUAUAAAAACUUGUGUGCCCCAACAAGUCAAAGCUGCUUCCACAAAAGAAAAGAGGAAAUCAAGCAAAGCAGAAGCUUUGUCUCAAGCGGAGAAAAAAGUGAAUUUGGAUAUAUUAAACAUGCUGAGACGACGGAAAGAAAAAAUUCGUAAAGCCAAAUCUAUGUCUAUGACUAUAACAAAUACAAACACGAAUGACGGAACAACCGCGAUAGAGACUUCAACUAGUAAGGAGAGCACUGAGAGUACAAUGAAGCCACCUGCGCAUAGUCUCGGCACAAAAGAUGAUAAAGAGGAGUUAAAGGUAAGACUUCAGUUCAUUUUCUGCGUGCAGUCAGUGCUUGCAUUCACAGCGUCGACGAUGUGA